CGGGACGUACUGCUUUGGGGCCGAGGUUCCGCUGGCAAGCGCAGGACCUCGGCUCUGCUUAGCCCCAGGGCGGCCACCCCGGCUCCGCGGCGCCCUCCCGGGAGAGAGGGCUGCUUCCCUUCUUGAGAGGGCUACGCCGGCGGGAAGGAGCCCAGACCGCAGCCUCCGUCCCCCUUCGGUCUCUCGGUUCCUCUUUCCUCCCAAGUAAGGGAAUAAGCCCAGAGGAAGGAGCGCCCCGGGGAACCGCGCAACCAAGUGUUGCAUGGUGAGGAGGAGACAGGAUUUCUGAUGACCUUGACUACGGAUAGAAGCAUGCUGUUGGAGCACCAGCACAGGCCUUCUCGCAUCUGCUGAAAGGGGCCCACCACCGCCAGAGACCCGCGGGUCCUCAGAGUCUCCCGAAGGACCAGUCCAUCACCUGCCUGCAAUGAGCCAGGCCCUGAGCUGGGCCUCAGCUUCACCCUGGUGACCAAAACUCCAUCGCCGGCCUCAAGCACUCACACCCAGCUUAAAGAUGAGUGAAGAACGGUGGGUCUCCCUCACGCCAGAAGAAUUUGACCAACUCCAGAAAUAUUCAGAGUAUUCUUCCAAGAAGAUAAAGGAUGUCUUGGCUGAAUUUAAUGAGGGUGGAAGCCUCAAACAAUAUGACCCACAUGAGCCAAUUAGCUACGAUGUCUUCAAGCUGUUCAUGAGGGCAUACUUGGAGGUGGACCUUCCUCAGCCACUGAACAUGCACCUCUUCCUGGCCUUCAGCCAGAAGCCCAGACAGGAGACCCCUGAGCACCCAAUGGAGGGGGCCAGCAACGAGGCCAGUGGCCCAGAUACCAACAUACAGAAUGUGGAUAAUGCUGCCAAAGCAGAUGAGGCCUGUGCCCCUGAUACAGAAUUGAAGAUCACCGAGAAGCAAGAGCCAGCUAAAGACCAAGUGGCUGCAGCCCCCCUGGGAAACCCUGUUGCUCCAUCUCCAGGCUCGGAAUCCCCCAUAGUGUACCUGAAGGAUAUUGUGUGUUACCUGUCCCUGCUGGAGACGGGGAGACCUCAGGAUAAGCUGGAAUUCAUGUUUCGUCUCUAUGAUUCGGAUGAGAACGGUCUCCUGGACCAAGCGGAAAUGGAUCGUAUUGUCAACCAGAUGCUUCACAUUGCCCAGUAUCUGGAGUGGGACCCCACGGAGCUGAGGCCUAUACUGAAGGAGAUGUUGCAGGGGAUGGACUAUGACCGGGACGGCUUUGUGUCUCUAGAGGAAUGGGUCCAUGGAGGGAUGACCACCAUCCCACUGCUGGUCCUGCUGGGCAUGGACGACUCUGGCUCCAAGGGGGACGGGAGGCACGCCUGGACCAUGAAGCACUUCAAGAAGCCCACCUACUGCAACUUCUGCCACAUCAUGCUGAUGGGCGUUCGGAAGCAAGGCCUCUGCUGCAUCUACUGCAAGUACACUGUCCAUGAACGCUGUGUCUCCAAAAACAUUCCUGGAUGUGUCAAAACAUACUCAAAAACCAAAAGGGGUGGUGAGGUGAUGCAGCACGCGUGGGUGGAAGGGAACUCUUCCGUCAAGUGUGACCGGUGCCACAAAAGUAUCAAGUGCUACCAGAGCGUCACCGCGCGGCACUGCGUGUGGUGUCGGAUGACGUUUCACCGCAAAUGUGAAUUAUCAACAUUGUGUGAUGGUGGGGAACUCAGAGACCAUAUUUUGCUGCCCACUUCAAUAUGCCCUGUGACCCGGGACAGGCAAGGUGGGAAGUCUGAUGGCAGUGUGCCAGCCAAGACUGAACUUGUGACGCAGUAUAAGAUCAUUCCCACCCCGGGUACCCACCCCCUGCUGGUCUUGGUGAACCCCAAGAGUGGAGGGAGACAAGGAGAAAGAAUUCUUCGGAAAUUCCACUAUCUGCUCAACCCCAAACAAGUUUUCAACCUGGACAAUGGGGGGCCUACCCCAGGGUUGAACUUUUUCCGUGAUACUCCAGACUUCCGUGUUCUGGCCUGCGGAGGAGAUGGGACAGUUGGCUGGAUUUUGGAUUGCAUUGAUAAGGCCAACUUCUCGAAGCAUCCACCGGUGGCAGUCCUGCCUCUUGGAACAGGAAAUGACCUGGCCCGCUGUCUCCGCUGGGGAGGAGGUUAUGAAGGGGGCAGCUUGACAAAAAUCCUGAAGGACAUCGAGCAGAGCCCCUUGGUGAUGCUAGACCGCUGGCAUCUGGAAGUCAUCCCCAGAGAGGAGGUGGAGAAUGGGGACCAAGUCCCGUACAACAUCAUGAACAACUAUUUCUCCAUUGGUGUGGAUGCUUCCAUUGCACACAGAUUCCACGUGAUGAGAGAGAAACACCCUGAAAAAUUCAACAGCAGGAUGAAGAACAAGCUGUGGUACUUUGAAUUUGGCACCUCAGAGACCUUUGCUGCCACCUGUAAGAAGCUCCACGACCACAUAGAGUUGGAGUGUGACGGGGUUGGGGUGGACCUGAGCAACAUCUUUCUUGAAGGCAUUGCCAUUCUCAACAUUCCCAGCAUGUACGGGGGCACCAAUCUCUGGGGAGAAACCAAGAAGAACCGGGCUGUGAUCCGGGAAAGCAGAAAAGUCGUCACUGACCCCAAGGAACUGAAAUUCUGCGUGCAAGACCUCAGUGACCAGCUCCUUGAAGUCGUGGGGCUAGAGGGAGCCAUGGAGAUGGGGCAGAUCUACACUGGCCUGAAGAGUGCGGGCAGGAGGCUAGCCCAGUGCUCCUCUGUCACCAUCAGGACAAACAAGCUGCUGCCAAUGCAAGUGGACGGGGAGCCCUGGAUGCAGCCCCCUUGCACGAUUAAAAUUACUCACAAGAAUCAAGCGCCUAUGAUGAUGGGCCCUCCCCAGAAGAGCAGCUUCUUUUCACUGAGGAGGAAGAGCCGUUCAAAAGACUAAACAAUACGCCAAAUGCCAGUUAAACCAAGAGAGAAAACAAGAGACUGUAAUACACACAAACACACACACACACACGCACACACACGCACACAGGCACACUCAUCUCUAACCAGUGGAAGCAAAGCCACCCAUCAGGAAGAAAUCUUCAUCUUGCCCUACAUUCUCUCUGCUUCAACAAUGGACACACCCCAACAGAGCCAGCACCAACAGAAAAUUCUGAAUGGACUUAGGGCCCACCAGGGUGUGGUUGGCUCAUACAGCAACCUCCACAUUCCCAGAAGGCCAUGAGUGGGACUUUCUGAGACUGAAGGAGAAAUCCCCCUUUCUUCCCACCAGUCCUGCAAGUUCCCUCAUGGACGCUCGUAAGAAGCAGGCUGCAGGUUUCCUGCCUAAGUUGAGAUCGGAUGCGGCCAAGGGAAAGAGCUCCCAUUCCAGAGAAUUUACACAAAGGUCCCUCUGUACAGAGACAGACGGCCUCCAGCUCUCAGAGCAUAACCCUUGGCAGGGCUCAGCAAGCUCACGUUGGUUUCUUAGUCGUCCUUCAAGCGGCAACUUCUCCCUGAACUUGCUGAGGAGGCAGAAAGGCUGUGGAAAGCUGUGUUUCCAUUCUUGGUUCUCCACACUGUCAGUGGGCACUUGUUAUUUUCCCAAAGCUUUCUCCUGGUGGCUGUGUGUUUGUUUAGAGACGGCUCCAAGAGCCCCCAGAGCUGCCUUCACAGCACACCUUAGAUGUGGUAUUUAUUUUCUUAGUUCUGUGAACACCUGGGAGGGAAAGCAGAGAAACUGGGAUUUAUUUUUCAAAUUGGUGUCAUAAUAUUGUGUAAAAAGGGAAGAAAAAAAAAAAAACCACCCCCAGUUUCUUUCUUUUUCAAGCCAAAACGUGUUUCCUGUUUGAGUUCCAAGCCCUGGUGGCAGACUAUUCCUGAAGGCAGAGAAGAGGAUAAGGAAGGGCCUUUUGCUCAGAAGACCAGGAGACAAACCAUCAGGUGGUUCCCACCUGCCUCUUUGUACCUAUGACUCCCAGAGCCUGGCCUGAGGGCUCUUCUGAUGGUCUUAUGUGUGUACAUAUAUGUAGCAUAUAUAUAUUUAAUGACGGACUUUUCCUGAUUGGGGGGGGGGAAUAUUUGUAGACUAGGAACAGAAAAAGAAAAAGAAGGUUUUUACUCCCCCAUUCCACCAUUUCAUUGUUAAGACAUUUCCCCAUGGCGAUCAUGAGACUUAAGGGAAAUGAAAGUAGCUUCUUAUCAUAAAGAGACUAAGAAUUCCUAUUCUGGAUUCUCAAAACAGCCAUGAAAGAUAUGCUGUACAGAAUUUACUCUCCCAAUUGCCAGAGAUAGCAAGUCUCAGGAAAGUUAAGAGACUUGUCCAUGGUAUCUUAACUAAUGUGGUUUGGGAGUAGGUGCCACUAAGAGGAUAUUUAUUAGAGGAAAGAACCCACACAUCUUAGAAUAGGGUCAUUUCUGGUCACAGAGAAAUUAUUCCAUUCGAAUCCAGGUUUCCAGGGAAGAGUGAAUGUGUAGCACAUGUGUGGAUGGGAUAGGCCCACACAAGGAAAUGAGUGCCGCAUGAUGCUUCCCAGAGAUGCUCUCUGGCCUGAACUGGUAAGAAGUUGGUCUGGAUUGAAGGCACUAGACAGAUCAUGAGAUUAAACUCUCCACAUGUCAACUCAUCAUGGUCAUGAUGGCCUCUUAGUCUGGAAAUGCCUCUGGCUGUAGGGAUGACCUCAGUUGGAGACUCGCGAGAAGGACCAAGGCACCUUCUGCAAGGUGCUACCAGCCAGUUCCGGGAGGGGUCCUAGCAGAGCUCAGUGGGCUUCAUGCAGUUGGUGCCAGCAUUAUCCUCCUUUCCCCGAGGGCAACUCUGUGUAGAGCAUUUGCCUUGGCACCUUUGCUCCAUUGGACUUCCAUCCCCUCUGAGUUGUCUUCAGAGGACACGUGGCCCCACUCAACAUCACUCCACUGAACUCUUUCUAAUCUCCUUGCACUGAGUCAGGAGCUUCGCACAAGGAAGGGAAAUUAAGAUUGUGUGUACACACCGAUCCUAACUCUGAAGGAAGCAAUCAUCUAGGACCACCCUGCUGGAUGCAACAGCGCGAAAUAGUGGGUGAGGGGACAACCAGGCCACCUGAAGAAUGUCUUGAAUGAUGGGAUCCUUGGUGACGGGACGGACCAGCAUGCUCCAGAAUAACAACAGGUACUAUCUUGGAAGCCACUUGACUUUGAAACAGAGGCAGAUUCGGAUUUGAGGUCACUGAUUCGGAGAGAUUUACAGCAGUUUUUGUGUGUUUCGACCCUGAUCCCCCAAGAUUGAGGCUGUUGAGACGUGGCACUGUGGACAGGUGAAACUGAGUCUCAGAGAUUCACAAGUCAGAGUGGCCCCUGCCUGUUCUAGUCUGGUGCCCAGGACUUGGAGUGUUGCCUGAGAGACAUGUCGCAAGGCCCCCCUAGAGCCACAGAGUAUAACAAGGCAGUGGAAUAGUACUUCCAGUUUGGUAACCUCAAUGGCAAGAGGCAGGAGAUCCAACUAAAAAGAAGAGGGUCUAAUGGCAAGUUGCUGACCCAGCUUCUAGCACAGCUGCCCUCUUGCACAGAAUGGGAACAAGUAACCUUUUGUACCUCUCUGUACCAUCAGCCUCUACUCCUGGAAACAAGUUAGACCUUUCUAUCUGGGAAAAGUCUGGCCACUGUUCUGUACAGGCUGCUGGGGAAGGAGCCAUCCCACGUGCCAGGACGAUCUGAGAGAUGAAACCCUGCCUGGGAAACAAGAGCAACAUGGGGAGUGGGCCACAGUGCUGUCUCAGUCACGUGGCCUUGGACAUGUCCUUCUGGGACCUCUCUUUCUCCAUCUAUCAAACAAGGGGGCUCUAAAGACUUUCCCUUUUCAACGAUCUUGCCUUUACCUGGAGUAAACACUGCGGCCAUAGGAGAGGGGGCAGGGUCCUUGUUCUUCUGGGUCUUCCACCAGGCCCAAGGCUUCCCCCAGCCCUGCUACCCUGGAGGGCUACCCUUAGCCCUUUAAAGAAUCUUCCCUUCCCUCUUAAGGAUUGAUCAUGCUCAGAAAUCCAGCUGAUUUGGGGGACCAACAUGAAAAAAAACAACAACAACACCUUACAAAGAAACUUUUUGAGAAGCCCUCCACGUUUACACACACACACACAGA